AUGCACAUUGGUGUAAACAAAAUGGCAUUGACAUGUUUAUUAUUGAUUGUAUUCCAAAUAUACGGUUUUCAACGAGACACUGAUGCGCGUAAAUCCAAAGACAAUCGCGAUAAAGAAACAUGUCGAUGGUAUCAUCCUUACUUUCGACCCGGUCGACGUGAUCUUUUCCAUCUCAUUCGACGUAAAACCCCCCAAUAUACACGGAGAAAACGAGCAAAAGUUCAAAAAGACCUCGAAACCGUCCUUAAUGUGGGCUCGGAAGAGGAAUCCGAACUUAACGAAGAUACCCACCUUCAUUCACCUCAAGCUACGUCCUCGGAAGUGUCUGAGACCAAGGUCUCUGAUAAAUCGACGCAGCAAAAGUAUCGAAUCCAGGCAUCUCACUCCAACAGUGGCAUUCGCAUGACGCAACAAGACAAAUUACAGGCUCAGCUAUUGCAGAUGCAGCGAGCCCACCGUGAUAUGCAUGAAUAUUAUAAGGAUAAAAUGACGAAAGCGUACAAUCAAAUGGCGGCUCAGCAACUUCGUAUUGAGCAACUGGAAAGCAUUCUACGUUCAGUGCAGUUCCCCAUGAAUCAUUACCAUACUACGAGCUAUACGAAUUCCAUGAUAAUUGACAAACAGCAGCAACAGCAACAGCAACAGCAGUACGGUCAUUAUGAAAGAAUGCAAAUGUCACACGGUGCUGGUAACCCUACGUUUGGGGCAACCAAUAUGUUGCAACCGGGGAUACCUCCCUCGACAGGCAAUGUGCCACACAGCUAUUUUCUUUCUUCGACCGGCGAAACCACGCCUCCUAUGAGUAACGACGAUCAACUCACAGACGACGUUUUAAACACGACGUUGACGUCGGCAGUAACAGCAGCAAAAGAACAGGAACCAUCCCAUUCCUCGUUUUCAGCAUGGAUGCAGUCACCCUUGCCUCAUACAGAUACUCCGUCUGUACCAGUGACAAUGAUUGACACCCAUGCUACCGACAUUGCAGUACAGCAUCAUUAUGCACCCGCAAGAUAUUCUCUUGGUAAGUCCUGA